AUGACGCGGACCCUUCUUACCGGUGGAAGUGGCUUUAUUGCCGCUCAUAUUCUCGAAGCGCUUCUUAAACGCGGGCAUUCUGUCGUGACCACCGUCCGAUCAAAGGAAAAGGCAGAGCAGAUCAAAACAUCCCACCCGGGUGUCUCAAAGGAGAAUCUGGAUUUUGUUAUUGUUCCUGAUCUUUCCGCGCCUAAUGCCUUCGACCAGGCGGUCGUUUCUGAUCCACCUUUUGAGGCUGUGAUUCAUACAGCCAGCCCGUUCCAUUUCCGGGUUCAGGAUGUUAAGAAGGAUCUCCUAGAUCCAUCUAUCAAUGGAACUGUUGGCCUCCUCGAGGCCGUCAAAAACAACGCUCCGUCAGUCAAGAGAGUGGUGGUCACAUCUUCCGGCGCAGCAAUCCUGGACUUUUCCAAGCCUCACACAUAUACUUUCACAGAUGCGGAUUGGAACAACAUGACCUGGGAAGAGGCUACUUCCAACCCCAUUAAUGCUUACCGCGCAAGCAAGGUAUUCUCUGAGAAAGCUGCAUGGGACUUUGUGGAAAAGAACAAGCCCCACUAUUCCCUCACAAGUAUAAACCCACCCAUGGUCUACGGUCCUAUAGUUCAUCAUAUCAAGGACCUUGAUGGACUGAACACUUCCAACGAGCGCAUUCGGGACAUUGCCUUUGGUAAAGUAAAGGAUAGCUGCCCAUUCACUGGGAUAUUCCUGUGGGUGGAUGUCCGUGACCUGGCAUUAGCACAUGUUCUGGCAAUUGAGAAACUUGAGGCGGCUGGCCAGCGGUUCUUACUUUCUCCAGGACAGUAUUCCAACAAGGACAUUGUGGAAUGUAUCCGGGAAGCAUUCCCUGAACUCCGAGACGGUUUGCCGACGGGAGACGCAUUGAAGCCUGGUGAUUUCCCUCCCACAGGAUGGUAUGGGUAUGAUAAUACCAAGUCCAAGGAGGUCUUGGGCAUCAGCUAUCGACCACUGAAGGAGUGUAUUGUUGACACAGUGAACAGUCUUAAGGUGUUUGUCAAAUAA